GGGUUCGUAUCACGGAUGUUCGCGCAGCGGUACGUGAUUGGAAAUGAUAAGCGGAUCGGAUCGGAAGCCCCCGUGCGUGCGAGACUUCGCGGGCAAAACACAGACAGACGCGCGAUGGAUAUGCGUGUGAGCGAGGAAACGGCCCACAACAAUGAGCUCACAAUGACGGAGGAGCGCAAGAUCACCUCGACGCCGGUGAUGGAGUUUUACCGCGACAAGUGCGUCCUGAUAACCGGGGGUACCGGAUUUAUCGGACGGUUGCUGAUCGAGAAGAUGCUACGCAUUAACGUGCGCCAGAUCAUACUGUUGUCGCGACCGAAAAAGGGCAAAACGGUGCAGGAACGAUGCGACGAUCUGUUCAGCAGCGUCGUGUUUAUGAACCUAAAGAAGGAGUUCCCGACGUUCACCGAACGCGUGAAGCUGAUCGAUGGCGAUCUGCAGCAUCCGUCGCUCGGUCUGUCAGAGGAAUCGAUCGAGUUUAUCGUCAACAACGCGCAGAUCGUCCUGCAUGCCGCCUCGGACGUACGAUUCGAUCAAGCGCUGAAAAAGGCCAUCGAAGUGAAUGUCCGCGGAACGCGCGAUCUGCUUCGGUUAACCGAGCGGAUCGUUAACCUGCAGGUGUUCAUCUACAUAUCGACAGCCUACUCGAACUGCCCGCAGUCGGUGAUCAAGGAAACGUUCUAUCCCCCACCAUCGGAUCCGCAAAGCAUGAUCAACCUGGUGGAGGCCAUGGAUGAGCGGUUCGAGGAGCACAUGAACAAGACGGUGAACGAUUUCAUCCACCCGUGGCCAAACACGUACGUGUACACGAAAGCACUGACGGAGGAUAUAGUGCGCCAGUACGGUCAGCUGUUACCGGUGGCCGUUGUACGACCCUCGAUCGUGAUUGCCACCAACGAGGAACCGAUCGGUGGCUGGACGGACAACAUCUAUGGAUUGAAUGGAGUGAUCGCCGGUGUGGCGCUGGGCAUCAUCCGGAUCAUGCACGUGGACGACAACAACGCGGCGGACAUCAUACCGGCCGAUUACGUCGUGAACGCGGUACUGGCGGCCGGAUGGCAGACGUACAUCGAACGUUUUAUCUAUCAUCAUCUUAGGAAACACGAGCGGCCCCUACCGGCGACCCAGUCGAACGGUGAGCUCAAGGGAGUGGCCAAACCGCGCACCAAGAUCUACAACUGUGUCACCGGAAGUGACAAUCCCAUUUCAUACCAGAAAAUCUACGAAUACUCGAUCGAGGUCGGUAAGAGUUGUCCACCGAAGAAGUCCCUCUGGAUCGUGUGCCACAACACGACGAAGAGCAAGUAUAUGUACGAGUUUUAUAAACUGCUGUACCAUCUUUUGCCCGCGUUCCUUAUCGAUACCUAUCUGCGCGCAAUCAGGCGUACACCACGAAUUAUGGAUCUUUAUCGUAAGGUACACAAAUUCGCCACGGUUAUCGAGUACUUCGCCAACGGGAAGUGGACGUUCGAGAACGAGAAUAUGCGAUCGCUGAGAGAGAGGCUCUCACCAGAUGAUCAGAUCAUGUUCCCGUGCAAUGUGAAGAAGCUCGUCUGGGUGGAUUACUUCUGGACGUACAUCCAUGGAUUGCGCAAGCACAUCGCGAACGAGCCGCUCGAGAACCUCGACGAAGCGAUCAAGCGCCACAAGCAGAUGCGGAUACUGCACUUCUUCAUCCUGGUCGCGUACUACUCCGUCUGUGCCUUGAUUCUGUUCUACCUGGCGAAGGCGGUUGGAAUAUUGCUAUUCUAGGGCUGUCGUUUCGAAGGUCGGAGGUGGUAGGACCACCCUCCCGAGGGCAGCAUUAGGCCAGGAGCGUUGGGAGACAGGACCGCUGCGGGACGCUACGCUUCCAAUGUAAUUUUUAUUCCCCUUUUUCGUGUACAUAGAAUGCGCAGACUUUAGGAGAUAAUGUAAUAAAAUACACACACACACACGGUAUGCGGCGAUGAUAAAAUAUUGGUUACCAGUCAUUUGCUUGUGUUCGAAU